AUGCAAAGGUUUUGGAUACCCAGGGAGCUAAACGACGAAGCAGAUGACGCUUCCAGGAUUGUAGACCUGAAUGGAUGGUCAAUACUUGACUCAGUCUUUGACAAACUGAACGAACGUUGGGGACCAUUCGAAGUAGACAUGUUCGCAGAUGCAAAUAACAAGAAGUGUGAAACACGUGAAUGUAAUUAUCUUCUGAAGAUGGACGAGAUACCUCCAGAUACAGCGCAACGGCCCGACAACUGUUCCAGGCAGGCUCACAGCCAUCUCAACUCAACGACUUCAAUACAGCCCAUCGCUCAGUCCGGCUAA